AUGUCUUCGAGCUCAUACACCUCAAGGAAUCAGCUACAAGUGACUCAUGUUCAGUCGCGAGAAGGGGUAAAGAUUUGUGAUUGUGGUGUUCUAGCUAAAGAACGAACGUGUUGGAAGAUAACAAACCGUGGGAGGUUGAAGAAAUGUAGCAUCUUUGAAUGGAAAGAUGAAGAACAAGCAGAAGGGUACUACAAAAACCUUCUAUAUUCUCUGAAGCAGAAAAUGGAUGCUAAAGAGGAUCUGUCUGAGAUGAACAAUUUGAGGAGAAGGAUUGCUGAAGUGGAGUUUCUGUUGUUACAGGAGUAG